GUAGGAUUUUUGCCCUCCAUAUUAAAAUACAUGGAUUUUUACCCUCAAUGUUUUCGAGUUUGAGGAAAUGAGGAAAAAUUUAAUGCCGGAGCUCACGUGUAGCACGUACACCGUUGGCCUCCGUCAAGUAUGCGCAUGUCAGCGCCAACUCAGAAUUUUUUGACAACCUGGCAUGCCAACUUGGAACCCCACGAGUGGGAAGUUUACCUGCUGCCAAUUUUUUGUGGGUCCCACCGCUGACUAAAGCAGCCUGGGUUCUUUUGAACCCACCUCCAACAGAUCUGCUUUCGCCACAACCGCCUUGCAACGUCAUGUCCCCUGCUUCCGCUAGAUUUGCUUCUGGGUCUGAUGAUUUUGCCAAAUCUGCUUUUGGGUCUAAUGCUUCUCUCUCCACUGUUUCAAUUGAUGAUUACUCUAUCUUUGCUCCUGCUCCUCCCUCCAAGCUAACAACACAUCACACAACCUCCAGAUACCGCCACACCACUCACCUCCUACCUCCACGCCAAGCCCUACUAGAGCCCUCCACGUCUGUUGUUCUUCUACCCUUAUUAGUCCCCUUUCUCACCUCUCUUCCCUACCACCAAGCCCUAACAGAUUCCCUUCUGCCCAUACUAGUCCCUUUCUCGCCUCUCUCCCUCACCACCACCCCAUCUAGUCCACGAUGAACCUUUCACCACCCUAACCAUCCCAAACCAAACACCAACCCCCCUUCCUCAUCCUCCUACCCACCUUAAUCGACCGCCAUUCAGCCAACAGCGCCUCUACCUCCUCCACUAGUGCCUUCAUGUUCUCAAUUGGACAAAAUUCAAAUCCCCAGCAAAAGAGAGAAAUUGGAAGGGAAAAUGUCUCGAUCUAGUGUUGAUGGAGGGAUAAAGAGAGAAAGAAAAUGACAGGAUGAAA